AUGGCAACAACGGAAACAACACAUUGUGAUCCAGAAAAAGCACCCGAUGGCGGCCUUCAAGCAUGGCUUGUUGCCGCUGGAAGUGCUUGUAUCUUCUUCUCAUGCCUUGGUUUUUCGAACUCAUUCGGCGUCUUCGAGGUGUACUACAAGGAGAACCAACUCCGUGAUGAGCCAUCUGGAAAGAUAUCUUGGAUUGGAUCACUGUCGACUUUCAUCCAAUUUGGAGCGGGCGCUAUCGGAGGGCCAUUGUUCGAUCGCUAUGGCGAAUGGGUGAUACGACCCGCCAUGGUAGUCUACAUCUUCGCCCUGAUGAUGACAAGCCUGUGCUCGAAGUACUGGCAGUUUAUGCUGGCACAAGGCGUGCUCAUGGGCAUCGCCAUGGCGUUUCUGCAAAUGCCAGCCCUUGGAGCAGUAUUGCAAUACUUUGACAAAAGGAAAGCAGCUGCACUAGGCCUCGCCGUCUCCGGUUCAUCCAUUGGAGGUGUCAUCUUCCCGAUCGCGCUCUCCAAGAUGCUCAACAGCUCCUCGUUGGGAUUCGGAUGGUCGGUGAGAAUCAUGGGGUUUGUCAUCAUGCCCCUCAUGGCAUUCUCUUGGGUGGUUAUGAAGGCUCGUCUACCCCCGCGUACAACCAACUUCUUUGUGGGAUCGGCCUUCAAGGACGCGACAUUCGUCAUGGUGCUUGUCGCGUUUUUUCUCAUGUUCAUUGGUAUGUUCACGCCUCUGUACUACCUUCCAACCUAUGCGGUCAUGGAAGGCGUGGACGCAACGCUAGCUUCAUAUCUGCUAGCAAUCAUCAACGCAGCCUCGACCUUUGGACGUAUAAUCCCGGGUGUGAUAGCAGACAAGUACGGACGAUUGAAUGUCUUCGCGAUCGGAGGUCUCGCCACUGCGGUGGUCAUGCUCUGUAUGACAACGGUGGGUUCCACGGCAGGGUUUGUCGUGUACUCCAUUGCUUUCGGGUUCUGUUCCGGGACGAUUGUCUCGGGGGCUUCCGCGGCGUUUGCUAUGUGCAUCAAGGACGCGCGGGACAGCGGCACGUUUAUGGGGAUGGGGAUGGGGCUUAGCUCAUUUGCAGCUCUCAUCGGGCCCCCGGUCAAUGGAGCACUGUUCGACAAGUAUGGGGGAUUUCUCCAAGCCUCCAUAUUGAGUGGGGUGGUGUGCUUGGUGGGUGGAUGUGUCGCGCUCGCGACCAAGGCCACCACUUCACGUGGCAUUUUGGGCAGGACAUGA